AUGGCCUCUAGCUGCAGAAGGCCGCCGCCAAUCAUUUUUUCCUGUCUUGGGUUCCUCCUCCUCGCUUCCGUCGUCGUGGCCGCCGACACAUCGUUACCGCCGGCGAACUCCACCUUCCUGGCCCGCGAAGAGCUGGCGAAGAUGAGGAGGGUCAGAGCUCAUCUCAAGCGGCUCAACAAGCCUUCUGUGAAGACAAUUCAGGUUUGACGAUGGGCACUUCGGUGCCUCCUUCUCCCCGGCUCCCUUCUCCUUUCUGGAAAUUUGACGAGAUGGGUUGUGAUCUUUCCUUCUCUUCUGCGACUUUGAUGCGGUGCAGAGUCCGGAGGGUGAUCUGAUCGACUGCAUUCCGUCUCAUCUCCAGCCGGCAUUCGAUCACCCAAAGCUGAAAGGGCAGAAGCCAUUGGUAGAGCUCCACCCUCCAGUCAGAUUCUGGUUUUUGUGAACCAGAAGAGGCUUUUUCUUCAUAGUGUUGGGAACUGACCAUGGAUUUCCUCGCUCUAGGAUCCGCCGGAAAGGCCCAGAGGCCCCCCGCCGACGGACCCGGCUAUGGCGGUGUGCUUCCAGUCGUGGGCAAUCUCCGGCGAGUUUUGCCCCGAGGGAACCGUCCCCAUUAGGAGGACGACGGAAGCGGACGUCCUCAGGGCCAGCUCAGUUAAAAGGUUCGCGAAGAAGCCUAUGGCGACUCUUCGGCGGAACUCUGCGAGCAGCGGGCAUGAGGUAAGGGAAAGCUCCUCCUCUUAUCCAUCUUCUGCCUCAUUCUCUCCUUCUCCACUUCGAAUCAACCGCGAGCUUUCCGCCCCUCUUUCUUCUCGAAGAGAAAUCUGAAUCGAAGAGCGGCAGACAUUCCUCGACACCUUCCUUCUGUAGAAAAUCAACCGCAAAAAUCCGUCCAAUAUCUAUUCCUUGCACUUCUCUCUCUCUCUCUCUCACUCACUCACUCACUCUCACUCACUUCUCACUCUCACUCUCACUCUCACUCUUGGGAGAUCUGAGUGUUUCUUAGUUAAACUUGGGGAAGAACCAAGUUUAGGAUUUGAGCAGGAAACCUGCCACCAAACUCCUCCGCAAUAAAUAAACAAACAUAUGGGAAUAAAAUAUGCAUAGAUUCAGCUGGUUUUCCGUCUAAUUAAUGGGCACCCGGUAGCUUGCUUCCAGAUAGAGUAAUCUAUCCGGGAGUCGGAGAGAUCUAGAGUGGACUUUGGGUUAGUUUAAUCUCCCGUUAUCUGUGCAUCUGAAGAGAAAUCGUCGUUGCCCACCUGCAGCAUGCGGUUGGAUACGUGACGGGCGACCAGUACUUCGGGGCGAAGGCCAGCCUGAAUGUGUGGUCUCCCCGGGUCUCCAGCCCCUCCGAGUUCAGCUUAUCUCAGAUAUGGGUCAUCGCCGGCUCCUUCGGCCAAGACCUCAACACCAUCGAAGCCGGCUGGCAGGUGAUGAUCUCUCUCUCUCUCUCUCUCUCCCUCACUUUCCCUAUCUUUCCCUAUCUCUCGUUCUCUCUGUUUGUCGCUGUGAAUGUCGGAAUUUGUGACCCGUUUCACAGUCUUUAGAUCAUUUCGGCUGUGUGCACUGUGCCAUGUAUCUAUCAUGAUUCUAGACUAUCUCUCUCUUCUCUCUCUCUCUCUCUCCUCACCUGGUUUUUUUUAUUAUUCAAGACUGUAUCUAUCACAUCACAGUCAUCUCUUCUCUCUAAUUUUUCUCUCAUAUUGUAGACGGAGUCUGAUCCCAGUUAUUGCGUGCUUCUCAGGUCAGCCCGGAGCUGUACGGGGAUAACCAUCCGAGGUUCUUCACAUACUGGACGGUGAGUCUGUAGAUUGCCCGUCGAGGGGAGGGAUUUCAUCGGAACCUCAUUGAAUUCUGCAGAGAAUUAUCCAGAGCAUGUGGACCGAUUUAAUUGACUCUGACGUUGAUGUUGACCACAAGCAGACGGAUGCCUACCAGGCCACCGGAUGCUACAACCUCCUCUGCUCCGGCUUUGUGCAGACCAACAACAAGGUUGCCAUAGGCGCCGCCAUCUCGCCGGUAUCCAUGUUCAAUGGCGGGCAGUUCGACAUCACACUGCUUGUCUGGAAGGUACGAGACGACCAUCUAUCUAUCCAUCGAUUUAAUUUAAAUAUCUCUCUCUCUCACCAAAUCGUGGCAAGAAGUUUUUUUCUCAAAAAAAAACCUUCUUGAGAGUUAAUGAUGAGGGAUAUAUGCCUCUAAGGGUUCCUUGGUCGUCCUUAAGUGAGAUUAUAAUGGCCUAGCUGUUUACGGUGAAUGGGAUAUUUCUUGCUUCACCGAGCUUCAUAUCUAAAGAACCUAGAGAGAUAGUGGACAGAUAGAUACGUUGAUGGAUAGACAGAUAGAUAGAUAGAGAGAGAGAGCUGCCGCAGCAGAUAGCACCCAAGCCAACAACACAAAAGCAUGAUCCAUGUGGGACCGUUGCCCGUCUCUGACCUGGGGUGGAGAGGGAGAGAGAGAGAGAGAGAGAGAGAGAGAGAGAGAGCUCUGAACAUGUCCCCGGCGACUCCGUGGAACUUCUUUUCCACCGAGCUGUCGACGGGUCGGUCCCGGACACCCAUCGGUCAUCUCAGACCAGCGCCACCACCAUCCGGGUGCCCCCACCACUGACGCAUUUACUCACUCCAUCGCCUCCCUGCAGUCGUUUGGCUGGCGCCCGCUGGCCUACCCGCCAUUACGCUGUCCUUUGUUCGGCCAGCCGAAGGCCUCCCGCAUCAGUCCAUGCAUUGUCCCCCUCCCCCUCGUACUCCCCCUUCGCGACAACGGAGUAGUCGCUUCCCCACAUUUAUGGCCCUGAUAUGGAUGGACGUGUGACCGCUCGCCCCUUCUACUCCGCCCUCUCUCUCUUUCUCUCUCUCUCUCAAUUUCUCUCUGUAUCUCUAUCCUUCUCUCUAGCUAGCUUUCCUUCACUACUGGUUUUGCUGUAGGACCCGAAGCACGGGAACUGGUGGCUGGAGUUCGGGUCGGGGCUGCUGGUGGGGUACUGGCCGUCGUUCCUGUUCAGCCAUCUGGCGAGGCACGCGAGCAUGGUUCAGUUCGGCGGGGAGGUGGUAAACAGCCGCCCGGCGGGGGCGCACACGGCGACGCAGAUGGGCAGCGGCCACUUCGCCGGCGAGGGCUUCGCGAGGGCCUCCUACUUCAGGAACCUGCAGGUGGUGGACUGGGACAACAACCUCGUCCCUCCCCCCAAUCUCCGCCUCCUCGCCGAUCAUCCCCGCUGCUACGACAUCUUCGGCGGCAUCAACUCCGUCUGGGGCAACUUCUUCUACUACGGUGGCCCUGGCAGAAACCCCCGUUGCCCCUCCUAA